AUGGACAAGAACUCAGUAGCUGCCUUGUCCUUCCUCUUCCUCGUUCUCUUUGUUGCACAAGAAAUUGUUGUGACAGAGGCAAAAACUUGUGAGCAUUUGGCUGAUACAUACAGGGGAGUAUGCUUCACGAAUGCUAGCUGUGAUGAUCACUGCAAGAACAAAGCGCACUUAAUCAGUGGCACGUGCCAUAACUUUAAAUGUUUCUGCACUCAAAAAUGUUAA